CGAUCACUAAAAUUGAAGUUACGAAACUGGCCUUGCAAUUCAUUGGAGUAAGGGAAUGAUAGGUUGCAGGUCUCUCUUUAGAGUGGACCGAGUUCUCAGAUUUACCAACACGCACUUUCAGGGACAGAGAACUUAUCAUGGGUUAAGCUGUGAUUUUAUAAUGGGUGGUAGAAAAAAGAGAGUUUCCAUUGAAGAUCAUGACAAGAAACCGAAAACAAUGAAUUCUAUCUGGAGACCUAUUGCAACUAAUGCUGGUUCUUGUCAAGAAAGCUUGAUAACGGCUGCGACAGUUGAGUCAGAAGAUGGAGGUGGAGUUCAAGAAGCAAGUUGUAGCAAAGUGCUAGAAGGAGAUUCAUCUCUCUCUACUGAAAAACAUUCAAUUUCUGUGAAGGUUGGUGUCUCUCUAUUUCGUUUUAUUAAAGGCAAAGGGGGAUACACACAGAAAAAGAUAGAAGAGGAGAUGGGGGUUAAGAUAAUAUUCCCUUCUUCAAAAGAAGAUGAGUUUAUUACCGUUGAAGGCAUUUCGAUAGAUAGUGUGACUUCAGCUUCAGAGAAGGUUCAGGCCAUAAUUAAUGAGACAGUUAGGAGUCGAAAUCUUGAUUAUUCCCACUUCAUAUCCCUUCCAUUGGCCAUCCAUCCUGAGUUGGUUUCUAAACUAAUCAAUUUUCAACACACUAUUUUGGGAAAUGACAAUUCUUGCAUAGAUGAGAAUCUUGACGCUGACUCCAAUGAGGCUGAGGAUACUACUGAUAACAAAGAAGUGGAUCAAUUGUCAAAGGAAAAUGCUGAUGUUGCAGUUGAUCUUAAAGUUGAUGAUGACUGUGGAUCAGUUAAAGUUAAUCUUACUAGCAUACCAUUAGUCAGUUAUGCACCUAAAGCAUCCAAGCCUUCUGCUUCAUCUGACUUGGGGAUUGACAAAUCUAUAUUCAUCAAGCCUAAGACAUUUCACCUUACAGUACUCAUGCUUAAGCUGUGGAAUAAAGACCGAGUUAACAUAGCUACUGAGGUCUUGCAGAGUAUAUCCUCAAAAGUUAUGGAAGCAUUGGAUAAUCGGCCUGUCUCAAUAAGUUUAAAGGGACUGGAAUGCAUGAAAGGUUCGUUGGCCAAAGCCCGUGUCCUGUAUGCUCCUGUGGAAGAAAUUGGCAGCGAGGGUCGUCUUUUACGUGCCUGUCAAGUCAUAAUUGAUGCAUAUGUUGAAGCUGGGCUUGUAUUGGAAAAUGAUGCUAAACAGAGACUGAAGCUGCACGCCACUGUGAUGAAUUCGAGGCAUAGGAAAAGGACGAAGUGGAAGAGAAAUGUUGACGCUUUCGAUGCACGCGGCAUAUUUAAGCAGUAUGGAUCAGAGGACUGGGGGCAGUAUCUUAUACGCGAAGCUCAUCUUUCACAGAGAUUUUCGUUUGAUGAAAAUGGAUACUAUAACUGCUGCGCUUCAAUACCUUUUCCUGAAAAUGUAGAGGUAGAGUGAUUGAUAUCUUGUUGAUUAUGCCUGACUUUCUCCUAUAUAGAAUAAGGAGUUAGGAAGAUUGCCUCUCAAAGUCUUUAAACUUCUAGCAGCCAACGAAAAUGCUUAAUGUCUACCAACUUGGGUAGCAUAGCCAGAAAAAAGUGGGUAGUAGUGCCUGGGAUUUAGAUCAAUUUUUUGUAAUAUAUGUGUGGAAUGUCAAAUGGUUUCUCUGGUGAACUUUACUGAUAUUGAAGCAUUUGUUGAUAUCUUAUCGAUGGAUCUGAGUUCUCUGCCGUUGCUAAUAUCAGUUAUUGCACUCUACUGAUCUUUUGGUCAUUGGAUGGAGAUCAAACAACUUAUAUUGGACUUUACCAAAUCAUAUGUAAAAUAUAAACUCAAAAUAUGAGUUGUUUGAUGUGCAUCUAAUAGUAUAGGAAUCUCUUGAUUGUAAGAUGUUUUUACUACAUCAAAUUCAAAUUUCGUACUA